AUGGGUCUGAUUGACGCCAAGAACAAGGUGCCUCAGUAUCAGCGCUUAUACCAACAGGCCUACAAAGCUCACACCCGUCUCUGGAUGAUUGUAUGUUUCUCGAUUGACGUCUCCCGACUCAACCGUAUCGUCAUCUUCGCUAACUACAGACAGGGCUCGCGCAGUCGCUGGUACAUGACUCCCUACCUGAUUGUCCUAUGGGGAGGAUUCGGAGCCACUAUGUACGCUGCCGGACGAAAAAUUACGGGACAUAACACCUGGUUCGGCAAAGACUGA